AUGCCCAGCCUUCCCCUGCUGCUGCUGCUGCUCUGGGGCGUGGGGGUUCACGUCUUCACAGCGCCUGCUGAAACACGAGAGCGAGAUGCCACGAUGGUCCAGAAAUACCUACAAAAGUACUACAACUUGAAGACUGGGACCAACAAAUCUGGAAGGCAGAGAAACAGCGGUUUAGUGGUUGAGAAGCUGAAGCAAAUGCAGAAAUUCUUUGGGCUGAAGGUGACUGGGUGGCCAGAUGCUGAGACCCUGCACAUGAUGCAGCAGGCCAGGUGUGGGGUGCCCGACGUGGCUCCCUAUGUCCUCACUGAGGGGAACCCUCGAUGGGAGUGCACAGACCUGACCUACAGGAUUGAAAAUUACACACCAGACCUGCCAAGAGCAGAGGUGGACCGUGCCAUUGAGAAAGCCUUUCAACUCUGGAGUGAUGUCUCACCCCUGACCUUCACCGAGCUCUCUGAGGGUCAAGCGGACAUAAUGCUAUGCUUUGUGUGGGGAGGUAAGCCCUUCUUAUCUCCCAAAUCCAUUCUGGACUUUACCUCCUGAUGCUCGCAGGCCUUCUCCACUGGGGGUGGAGGGGUGUUGAUUUCAUGGGCCAAAGACUUUUUAGACUACAACUUGUAUUAUGUGGCGGCACAUGAGUUGGGCCAUUCCCUUGGACUACUCCAUAGUGAUGACAUUGGCUCUUUGAUGUUCCCCAGAUACAUCUACUAUGGUGAUGCCCUGCUGUCUCCGAAGGACAUUGAUGCCAUCCAGGCCAUCUAUGGACCUUCCACAAAUCCCAUCCAGCCGAAAGAACCGCCAAUCCCACGAGCCUGUGAUAGCAAGUUAACAUUUGAUGCUGUCGCCAAAAUUCGUGGAGAAUCAUUCUUCUUUAAAAACAUGUUCUUCCUACGCACAGGUGUCUUCUAUGAAACAGUGGAUCCCGACGUCAUUUCUGACUUAGGUAACGGAGUAGACGCUGCUUAUGAAGUUGCUAGAAGAGAUGAAGUUUUCUUUUUUAAAGGUGGUAAAUACUGGGCCAUCAAGGGGCACCGGGCACUGUAUGGCUAUCCCAGGGACAUCUACAGCUCCUUCGGCUUCCCAAUGAAGAAAAUCAAUGCUGCCGUUCACGAGGAGGAGACUGGGAUGACGUACUUCUUUGCUGCCAGCGAGCAUUGGAGGUAA